CGUCACACAUAUUGAGAGAAAUCUCAACCGCUAAAAAGAUUAUGAUCUACGGUUCAAAGCCUCUAUUAGAAGCGCUAGAUUUUCAGAGAAAGCGCUAGUUGUAAGACACAAAAUUUCAAGUUGCCGCUGUGAAAACUAUUCUCAUUGGUCCACUCGCACUAUGCAGGGAUCGCGAUCCGUGUUGCAUUCCUCUAAAUAUUUUCAGCCGUCGAUAACCAGGACACUGGACGGCUCAAACUCAUUCUCCCGCUUACAAGCCAGUGGUUACUUUUCACUCAAUUUCAAAUGCCUCCACCAAACAAAAUUUCGCAAAUUUUGAAUUCUCGCGGUUCCGCAAACCCUCCCUUAUAAAUAAUCUCCAAGUCUCAUUCUCCUCAUCACUUCUUCCAGAAUAAUAGUACUUGCUCUCGAUAUUCCCUUGGCUUUUCUUUAUUUUCUGCAAGUGAAGAGCAAAUGGCACGUACUAAGCAGACUGCUAGAAAAUCCACAGGAGGCAAGGCCCCUCGCAAGCAGCUGGCGACAAAAGCUGCCCGUAAGUCGGCACCAGCCACCGGAGGAGUGAAGAAGCCCCAUCGUUUCAGGCCAGGAACCGUCGCUUUAAGAGAGAUCAGAAAGUAUCAGAAGAGCACUGAGCUUUUGAUCCGCAAGCUCCCUUUUCAGAGGCUUGUGAGGGAAAUUGCUCAGGAUUUCAAGACUGACCUCAGGUUCCAAAGCAGCGCUGUUGCAGCUCUUCAAGAGGCUGCCGAGGCUUAUCUCGUUGGGCUCUUUGAGGAUACAAAUCUCUGCGCUAUUCAUGCCAAGAGAGUCACAAUUAUGCCCAAAGAUAUUCAAUUGGCUCGAAGAAUUAGAGGUGAAAGGGCAUAAACGGAUUGUUAAUAAUAUGUUUGGUAGAUCUGUAUUAGGAUUCAAUUUCUGUUUCUAGAUUGUUCUGAAUCUUGUUAGAUCUGGCUUAUUUUGUUUUUCUUUUAGGCUUUGUUAUUGACUUAUCAAGUUGUGAUAGAUCUGGAAUCCAACGGAUGAAUAUAUUUGCUUCAAAUGUUUUAUUAAGUGGCUGGUUAUGAUCUGAAUUGAUCUCUUCAGUAUAUGUUUUUAUGA